AGCCAACCCUAACUUUUUUACGAUGAUGCAGAAUCUGAGAUUCGUCUUUGCGCAGGUUUACUGCAGAGGGAGAUCCCGAAAUUUCUCUUCAACGCCUGGUAACAUCAAUGUGUCCUCCAGGGGAUCUUCGUGGGUAAUAAUAGUUCGAGGAAUAGCAGCCGCUGCGGGAGGAUAUGCCAUGGGUCCUUUUGUGUUUGACGUUGCUGCAGAGAAGAAACUUAUGGUUGAAGAAAAUAAAAAGAGAAUGAAGUUGCAUGAGGAACAAUUCGAGGAGUCGGAAAAGUACUGGUCUGAUUUGGUAGCCCGUCGGAAGUCGGAACAGACAAAGAGGCAGUGAGUAUGAGUAAGUCUGAGGAAAACUUCAUCAAGAAAACGAAAAUCUUAAUUAUCUUUUCAAUCUUUGUGUGGUAUUAUGUCACUGUGGACUAGUAGUCAUUAAGGAAAUUGCGUUUCUGCUUUUCUUUACCUUAUAUAUAUAUAUAAUGUGUUAUGAUAGAUUUCUUCUUUUCCCUGAGUGUAACUUCUGUGGCAGAAGUAUGUGUUUAUGUGAGUUAAUGUGAUGCCUGGUUCAUGGUUAGCACUCUACCAUGAUGCCGACAUGAUUAAUGACAACUUGUUUAAGAUA